UGAAUCGAAAGCAAAAGCGGGUACAAAGAUGAGCAGCGAUUGGCUGAAGGCGGCGUGGUCGCACGCACUCCGGGCGGCAUAAGAAAGAACCCACAGACAGGUUGACCCGCUCCUGGGAACCUAUUACGACGGAAACACGCCCGCCAAGACGAGGUCCCUCCGAAGAGUGCGCGGUUCACUUCCGGGCCGGCUGAAUCAAGCGUGUGGGUGACUUCCGGCAGCAGCUAGCAUGUUGCAGCCGGUUCCGCACAUCAAGCGACCCAUGAACGCCUUCAUGGUGUGGUCCAAAAUGGAGCGCAGGAAGAUCAUGGAAGAGUCGCCAGAAGUUCACAACGCCGAGAUCUCCAAGCGGCUCGGCAAGCGCUGGAAGACGCUGGGAGAGUCGGAGAAAGUUCCGUUCAUCCGCGAGGCAGAACGUCUCCGCCUCCAGCACAUGGCCGACUACCCAGACUACAAGUACCGACCGAAGAAGAAGACUAAGGUUGAGGAGGCGGACAAGAUGAGCAGAACAGCCAGCAAGCCCAAAAGGGCGAAGCCGCUGCUCGGUUCCGACAGACGAAACCAGCGCGCCGACCCGCCUUACCGCUACAUGCUUGAACGGGACUUCAGUGACUCGGAGGACAACUCUGACGACGAACCGGGCCGCUUAUACCGCAGUCUCAGUCUGGUUUCUGCUGCCACAGAACCAGAAGAGUCGAGUCGGCUAUUCUACAGUUUCAAAAACAUCACUCGUCAGGCCACCGGAACUUUCUCCCCCGACUCCUCAUCCCGGUCCAGUUCUUCCUGCUGCGGGGACGACCUGGACCAGGACCUCCCCGUGGAGGGGACUGACUCCCCGGCCAGUCUCCAUUCUUCAGAACCGGCUAAUCUGAGCCUGUCUCUAGUGGACAAGGACUUGGACCUGAGCGGCACCGAGCGGGGCCGAGGGUCCCACUUCGAGUUCCCAGACCACUGCAGCCCCGAACUAAGCGAGCUGAUCACAGGCGACUUCUCAGACCUGGUCUUCACUUGCUGAGCUGAACUUGACGUCAUCGUCGAACCUCAACUAGACUUUUAUUUGAAGACAUAAUCUAUUUUUGUAGUUUUUCACCUCAGCUGACUUGUGUUAAGUGACACACUUUGAGUUUUACUCCUUGUUUUUUGUGCAAUAAGUGACGUCAUUGACUGAAUAAAUCGGCUCAACUCACA